AUGAUAAACUCUAGGGCACUUACAAAGCAAAUUAAACGUGCCCAACAGAAUAAAUAUCGUCUCGUCAAUCACAACGACCAUAUUGAGUUUAUUACAAUUGGAAAAAAAAGAAAAGGAAAAACUAUUAAAGAGAUUUGUAACAUCAACAACAACAAUGACGCUUUGCACCAUUCACAGCACAAUAUCCGAUAA